AAGAGGAGCCAGGAACCAGGUUAGCAAGAGCAUUUGCCACAGCUUUGUUUACUGCUGAGGAAGAGGAGGGAGCCCUAAGGAAAACAGACCAUCCUGGUUGAUUAUUCUCGUGGAAUGGAAAGUGGUACCUGUAAGACUUUAGUCACUCCAAGAAAUAGAACAGAGUUCAGCCAUGGCCCCAAGGAAGAGAGGUGGACGGGGGAUUUCAUUCAUCUUUUGCUGUUUCCGAAAUAAUGAUCACCCAGAAAUCACAUAUCGGCUGCGAAACGAUAGCAGCUUUGCGCUUCAGACCAUGGAGCCAGCAUUGCCCAUGCCCCCUGUGGAGGAGCUGGACGUCAUGUUCAGUGAGCUGGUGGAUGAACUUGACCUCACAGACAAACACAGGGAGGCCAUGUUUGCACUUCCAGCUGAGAAAAAAUGGCAGAUAUAUUGUAGCAAGAAAAAGGACCAAGAAGAAAACAAGGGAGCAACAAGUUGGCCUGAAUUCUACAUCGAUCAGCUCAACUCCAUGGCUGCUAGAAAAUCUCUGCUGGCUUUGGAAAAGGAAGAGGAAGAGGAGAGAAGUAAAACUAUAGAGAGUUUGAAGACAGCACUGAGGACAAAACCAAUGAGGUUUGUAACCAGAUUCAUCGACUUGGAUGGCCUGUCAUGUAUUCUCAACUUUCUAAAGACCAUGGACUAUGAGACCUCAGAGUCUCGGAUACAUACCUCUCUCAUUGGAUGUAUAAAGGCGCUAAUGAACAACUCUCAAGGUCGGGCUCAUGUCCUGGCUCAUUCUGAGAGUAUUAACGUAAUUGCUCAGAGUCUGAGCACAGAGAACAUUAAAACAAAGGUGGCCGUACUGGAAAUCUUGGGCGCCGUGUGCCUGGUUCCCGGGGGCCACAAGAAGGUUCUGCAGGCCAUGCUGCACUACCAGAAGUAUGCCAGUGAAAGGACCCGCUUUCAGACGUUAAUCAAUGAUUUGGAUAAAAGCACAGGGCGGUAUCGAGAUGAAGUGAGUCUCAAGACAGCUAUCAUGUCCUUCAUCAAUGCAGUGCUCAGCCAAGGCGCAGGAGUGGAAAGUUUGGACUUUAGACUUCAUCUUCGCUAUGAGUUUCUGAUGCUAGGAAUUCAACCUGUAAUAGAUAAAUUGAGGGAACAUGAGAAUUCAACCUUAGAUAGGCACUUAGAUUUUUUUGAAAUGCUCCGAAAUGAAGAUGAAUUAGAAUUUGCCAAAAGAUUUGAACUGGUGCAUAUAGACACAAAAAGUGCAACUCAGAUGUUUGAGCUGACCAGGAAGAGGCUGACCCAUAGUGAAGCUUACCCUCACUUCAUGUCCAUCCUGCACCACUGCCUCCAAAUGCCUUACAAGAGAAGUGGCAACACUGUUCAGUACUGGCUACUCCUGGAUAGAAUUAUACAGCAAAUAGUUAUCCAAAAUGACAAAGGACAGGACCCUGACUCCACACCUUUGGAAAACUUUAAUAUUAAGAAUGUCGUACGAAUGUUAGUUAAUGAAAAUGAAGUUAAGCAGUGGAAAGAACAAGCAGAAAAAAUGAGAAAAGAGCACAAUGAGUUACAACAGAAAUUGGAGAAGAAAGAGCGAGAAUGUGACGCCAAGACCCAAGAGAAGGAAGAGAUGAUGCAGACCCUAAAUAAAAUGAAAGAGAAACUUGAAAAGGAGACUACUGAGCACAAGCAAGUCAAGCAGCAGGUGGCGGAUCUCACGGCGCAGCUCCACGAGCUCAGCAGGAGGGCUGUCUGUGCUUCAGUCCCUGGUGGGCCCUCCCCUGGAGCCCCAGGGGGGCCCUUUCCUUCCUCCGUGCUGGGGUCUCUGCUUCCUCCCCCACCGCCCCCAGCUCUACCAGGUGGAACACUUCCUCCUCCACCCCCACCCCUCCCUCCGGGUGGCCCGCCUCCUCCCCCAGGACCUCCUCCCUUAGGGGGAGUCAUGCCACCUCCUGGCGCUCCUCUGGGUCUGGCACUUAAGAAGAAAAACAUUCCUCAGCCCACAAAUGCCCUGAAAUCCUUCAACUGGUCUAAGCUGCCUGAGAACAAACUGGAAGGAACAGUAUGGACUGAUAUUGAUGAUACAAAAGUCUUCAAAAUUCUAGAUCUUGAAGACCUGGAAAGAACUUUCUCAGCUUACCAAAGACAGCAGAAAGAAGCAGAUGCCAUUGAUGACACACUGAGUUCCAAACUGAAGGUCAAAGAGCUUUCGGUGAUUGAUGGUCGGAGAGCUCAGAACUGCAACAUCCUUCUAUCGAGGUUGAAAUUAUCCAAUGAUGAAAUCAAACGAGCAAUUCUAACAAUGGACGAGCAGGAAGAUCUGCCCAAGGACAUGUUGGAACAGCUCUUGAAAUUUGUUCCUGAAAAGAGUGACAUUGACCUGUUGGAGGAACAUAAGCAUGAACUGGAUCGGAUGGCCAAGGCUGAUAGGUUCCUUUUUGAGAUGAGCCGAAUUAACCAUUAUCAGCAAAGACUGCAGUCGCUGUACUUCAAAAAGAAGUUUGCAGAGCGUGUGGCAGAAGUGAAACCGAAGGUAGAAGCGAUUCGUUCUGGCUCAGAAGAGGUGUUCAGGAGUGGUGCCCUGAAGCAGUUGCUAGAGGUGGUUUUGGCCUUUGGGAAUUACAUGAAUAAAGGCCAAAGAGGCAAUGCGUAUGGAUUCAAGAUAUCCAGCCUGAACAAGAUUGCUGACACAAAAUCCAGCAUUGACAAGAACAUUACACUUUUGCACUAUCUCAUAACUAUUGUGGAAAAUAAAUACCCCAAGGUUCUCAAUCUACAUGAAGAACUGCGGGACAUUCCUCAAGCAGCAAAAGUAAACAUGACUGAGCUGGACAAAGAGAUAAAUACAUUGAGAAGUGGCCUGAAAGCAGUAGAGACGGAGCUGGAAUAUCAGAAGUCUCAGCCUCUGCAGCCUGGAGAUAAGUUUGUGUCUGUCGUCAGCCAGUUCAUCACAGUAGCCAGCUUCAGCUUCUCUGAUGUCGAAGAUCUUCUAGCAGAAGCUAAAGACCUGUUUACUAAAGCAGUGAAACACUUUGGGGAAGAGGCUGGCAAAAUACAGCCAGAUGAGUUCUUUGGCAUUUUUGAUCAGUUUCUUCAAGCUGUGUCAGAAGCCAAACAAGAGAACGAAAACAUGAGAAAGAAGAAGGAGGAGGAAGAGCGCCGAGCUCGCAUGGAAGCUCAGCUCAAAGAACAACGUGAAAGGGAACGUAAAAUGAGGAAAGCAAAAGAGAACAGUGAAGAAGGCGGAGAGUUCGAUGACCUGGUUUCAGCUUUACGCUCAGGAGAAGUGUUCGACAAAGACCUUUCUAAACUGAAGCGGAAUCGCAAGCGCGUUACCAACCAGAUGACGGACAGCAGCCGAGAGAGACCAGUCACGAAACUUAAUUUCUAAUUUUCCUUGAAUACUUUUUUAGAAAGCUCAUUAGCAGCCCUUUGAAGUGACUAGAACUUUUCAUUACACUGCCUUGCAAUCCAAACAGUGGCAAUUUCUUCUUUCAUCUGUGAGAGAAUGUGUGAAUGUGUGUGUAUGUAAAUGUAUGUGUAUAUAUAUUAAAAAAAAUGUAUAUAGAAGUCUGAGUGUUGUCUGAAGACCUAUAUGUAUGGUUAAAAAAAAUCUAUGUUAAUGUAUGUGCUCAGAAACCCUUUGUGUAUGCAUUCAUAUUGAGUGUGGCUCAUUUUCUUCCCCUAAACACCACAACUGUUCAGAAGCACAAUACUAUCUCCUGAAAGAGAUGACAGAGACAUUCCCUAGAGUAAAAAGAAAAGCAAAAGCAAAAAAAAAAAGCUUGAGAAAUAUUUUAUAGUUUCCAAGCUUAGUAUACUUUGAAAUUAUUUUCAUUGGUAAAACUAGUGUUGGAAAAAUAUAGAUUUAAAAUGGUUUUUGAUAGUUGACAAUGUGAUGCUGGUGCAUUGCAUCAGUAUUUGGUCGGACCAGCUUCGAAUCUCUGACUUUGGUGUGGGGAUGCAGUCUGUAAAUGUUUAUUGAGAACAUCUUGCACACAAUCUGAAUUAUGUAGAAUGUCAGAAUUUUUUUUUUAUAUAUUUAAAACUUGGACAUCAAUUCUUUUCCCUAAUUUCAUCGAGUUCUCUGCCAAGCGCUCUUGAUGAUUUCUUUACAUUGCUUUUGGAAAGAACACUAUUUAUCUAAAUGCAAUCCAUGCUUUUGUUAAAGAACAAGAUUGCCAGAAUGUGCUUGUUGUCCUAACAAUAUAGAUAUAUGAACUAAAAAUAAAAUUUCCCACCCAAGACCUAAAAGGAGGAAUUGUCUGAAGGGUUGAAAGUUAUUUAAAAAAAUUUUUUAUGGGGGUGCCUUUUUUUUUUUUUGUAUUUCCUGUUUUGUAGGACAAGCUGCAUCUUCUGUAACUAUAGGUCUGGACUAAAGGACACUUAAUGAAUGCACAAAAUGUCAACAGCACUAACAGAGAUGCCAAGAUCUAUUUAUCUCUAAGUAUGUUUGAAGUGGUUUGCUGUUUAUAUGUUGUCAUUUUAAAUUGUGUGUCAGUAAAGCUACCUGUAAAAUUUCAGUCCAAAAGAUAAAGCUCUCAGGGAGAAAUGAAUAGAAACAAUGAACAUUAGAAAAUAAAAUAUAGAUGCUUACCAUUAACCUACCAACUCUUAAUAUCCUUAAGUUAUAUAUAAAGAGGACUGUUACUUUCUUUUUUUUUUUGGCUUUGCUUUAUUUAUUUGUAGUGGGGGAGGGGGGCUAAGGUUCUCUUUGCUUUCCAUCGAUCCUGUUGCGGUUGGGUUUCCUGUGGAGAGAGUAGUUUGUCCUGUUGCACUAGAACAUUAUUUACUCCCUAAAUUGAGUUUUUCAGUCAAUUAACAAAUAUUUAUUAAAGACCUACUGUGUGCCAGGCAUAGUAGGGCUACAGUGGUAAGCAAGACAGAGCCUCUGCCCCAAGAAGCUUAUGUUCUAACGGGGAUAGUAAGGGGUGGAUAGAAUACCAAUGUGUGCACUGUACAGGAAUCGAACUAUUUAAAAAUAAUUAUAAUGCUUAGCGCAGAUAGUGAGGUCUGCGCUAUGUGAAAGCUGUGAAAUAGUGCUCUAAGAGUUGUCAAGAGCUGUGGUUUUACAUUUUUCCCCCCCAUUGCAAACUUAGUGACUUUCUACACAUUAUGUGGAAGUAAAUGACUCUAGCAAAUACAACGUCAUAAAUACACAGCAGGCUUAUGCUGCCCCAACUCCUAGUUCCCAAGGUCUGCAAGUACACCGUGUUAAAGCUGCAGGUGGAGACUGUGCUCAAAAAAGGCAUGGAGGUGAGGAGGAGUGGGAUGUGCUGACGGAUUUGUCUAUUCCUUAACUAAAGUGCCUCUAUGUAUAUUCUUCUCUAUUUCUAGCAGGAGAAACUUGGUCUGGCUCAGUUUUGAGACUGUACUUUGAAAACGGCUUUGUCUUACAGUUUAAGGAGUGGACAGUAGAAGGAGAGUCACAUAAAGGAGCAAGCUUGUGUAGCAUGUCCCUCUUGCCCUUUUUAUCAUCCUCAUUUUGAUGUGGCCAUCCUGGUAGGCCUCCUCUGCCAUUUCCAUUUUUGGUUUCUUUCCCCAAAAGCUGUGUACAGGUAAUUCCAUGUGCCAUUGUUGGAAAAAACCUACUUUUUAGAUUGGUGCUGGUGUAAGUAGCCACUUUUCUCUCUCGGGUAUGUAUUUUAAAAGUUUUUUCUUUGUUUUUUUAAAUUAAUGCCAAAAAUAAAAAGCAUUAUAAUUUGUAAACUUAAUUAUAUGUCUUGUAUCUUAUUAGCUUAGUAGUUGGAACCGCUUAGUCUUUAGGUGCAAGACUGUUGUCAUAGUACCGAGAAAAAACUGUUGUGUGUUAUGAGACUGUACAUUUUUUUAAAUAGCAAUAUGCAAUAAAGAGAUGAAUUCAUUGGA